AUGACCGGCCCUCCUCCCCCACCUCCUCACCCGCGGUCGUCCCUCCCUCCACCACGCACCACUCCGCGCAAACCCGCAAAGAUCAACUACGAAGCCGAGCUCGCCUCAGCCAGCUACAGGAAAACCCGCGCGGGCAUUUGGGCCGUGGGCGUUGCCGUCAUCGCCGCCUCGGGAGGCUUGAUUGGCGCGUAUCUGAAGAGUUAUUGGCAGCAGUGGCGGGAAGCGGGAACGACGAAGAGCCUGCAGGGCCUGAAGCCCGACGGUAGCAGCAGCAGCAGCAGUAGUGCAGCAGCACCGCAGACACAGGGUCAAGCGGAGACGGGUAUAGACAAGGGGAGCAGGCAGCAGGCGGUGGCCGAGGUCUCGCUCUCGGACCUGAACCGGUCGAUAUCGGCGCUGGAGACGGUGAGGGGCCAGCUCAUGCAGAGGAAGAUUCAGGAGGAGCAGAGGUUGUUGAAGCUGCAUGAGAGGAUAGCGGAGCGGAAAGAGAAGGAGGACAGGAGGCGUGAGAUGGCUGGGCCGGGAAGGUGA